AUGCUGAACUACGCCUUCGACACCUCCACUGAUAUCCGCCAAAUUGACUUGGACAUCAACCGCACCUUUCGAUCAACCACUUUUUUCCGUGAGGCUUUCGGACCACGGCAACAGGCCCUCUUUAACAUCCUCUCAGCCUAUUCGGUCUACAAUUCGGAGGUCGGAUACUGUCAGGUAACUGUCCCAAAUAGGAACUUUGCUAUUUUGCACCCUAUGCUAGCUUCGGUGGGUUUUGAAAGUGAUCGUUCUCGUUGA